AUGGAACCACCUAACCGGAGAUUACCUUUCAAAAUCAUGCGUGAUGCGAGUGAUUACGCCGUAGGCGCAGUCCUGGGACAAAGAAAGGAUAAGAAACUUCAUGCUAUCUUCUACGCAAGUAGAACAUUAGAUCCGACCCAAAUGAACUACGCCACCACUGAAAAGGAACUUUUAGCCGUCGUGUUCGCCUUGGACAAAUUCCGUUCCUACCUAGUAGGGGCGAAAAUCAUUAACUAUACUGACCAUGCCGCUAUUAGAUAUCUGCUAAAUGAACACCCAAUUGAUCCACCUUCACCUCCUGAGACACCGCCUAUAUAUGAGUAUUUAAAUGACCCUAUCCAUGUUGAUGAAUCUGACCCUGAAACACCUCCAAACUACUAUAACAUAGAUGAACCAGAACUUCUAUCCUAUGUAGAUAAUCUUGCCAUGCUUCUUACCCGUCUGGAUGAUUUCCAUGUUGAUAUUACAACUGUGAAAGAAGAAAUUAAGAUCAUGCGCCUUGAUAUCUUAGGCCUAAUGGAUGUCGUCGUCGAACAGUUUGAUCACUUGAACCAGGCUGAACCUGCAUUGGGAUAG